CACCCACCUCUCUUAUACACUGGGUUAAAGGCAUCAGGAGCAUUCUUCGCAGACAUGUGCCCCUGUCACUCAUGCACAUCCAGCCACACAACUACACCACACACCCACUAGUGUUUCCACUGUGUCCUCUGUGUUCCUAGCACAAGGCUGGCACACUGCUCUGGACGUCUUUUGAACACAGCCAGUCUCUCUGCAGCUUGGAGCAAGAAUCUGAAUAAUAUUACUUAAUCACCUGCAGCUCUAUUACGUUUUUUUGUGUGUGGAUUUGUUGUUUUUUAAGUUUUAAAAACCCAUAGAUUGUUUUUGUUUUUGGUGGAAAACAGCGUAGAGACAGUCAUCCAGUGUGUAUUAGUAGUUCAGAAGAAGUCUUGAACUAAGUUUUCUAAAAUGGCCCCUGUGAAAGGCUGGGUAGUGGGGCUCCUGCUGGUUCUCCUGUGCCAAUCCCAGGUCCCCCUCUCAGGAGUUGUGGGUGCCCAGGAUGUGGCUGAAGCAGAGCAAGGCCUCCAUGCCAGAAAUGUUGAGGAGGUUGUGGCUGAAGAUGGCCUAACGACGGAGGGGGAUGAUGGCGCAGAUGAGGAAGAGGGACAGGUAGCGGAGGAGGAUGGAGACGAAGAGGAUGAAGACUCAGACGAUGAGGCAGAAACAGAUGAUCAGGAGGAGGAAGGCGGGGAUGCUAAGGAGGAAGGCAAGGAUGCUGAGGAGGAAGAGGAGACCGAUGAGGAGGAAGAGGAGACCUCUGAGGAGGAAGAAGAGACUGCUGAGGAGGAAGAGGAGACUUCUGAGGAGGAAGAGGAGACCGCUGAGGAGGAAGAGGAGACUUCUGAGGAGGAAGAGGAGACCGCUGAGGAGGAAGAGGAGACCACUGAGGAGGAAGAGGAUGCUGAGGAGGAAGUGGAUGCUGGGGAGGAAAAGGAGACUGCUGAGGAAGACGAGGCUGAAGAAGAGGAAGCAGAGCAAGAUGAAGAAGAGGCAACUGAGGAAGAGGAGGAUGAUGCUGAAGAAGAGGGGCAGAAGGAGGAAGAAGAGGCUGCUGAGGAGGAAGAGGAGGAUAAUGCUCAAAAAGAGGAUGAGGAAGAAGAGGCUUCAGAUGAGGAAGAGGAUGAUGCUGAAGAAGAGAAGGAGAAGGAGGCAGCAGCUGAGGAGGAAGAGGAGGGUGAUGCUGAAGAACAGGAAUACGAGGAAGAGGGGGAGGAGGCUGCAGCUGAGGAAGAAGAGGACAAUGCUGAAGAGGAGGAAGCUGAUGAGGCAGCAGCAGAGGAGGAGGAGAAUGAUAAUGCAACAACUGAAGCAGAGGAGUUAGCUGAGGAGGCUGAUGAUGCUGAGGAGGAGGAAGAGGAUGGGAAUGGCUCUGAGGAAGAGGAAACAACUGAAGCAGAGGAAGAUGACGAUGAUGACCAAGCAGAUGACACAGCAGAUGAAGAGGAGCCUGCCACUGACCUGAUGAAAUUCCACUCGGGCUCUUUAUGUAGUGUUUGCUCAAUCUGUGAGUACUGCUCUAAAAACUGUGACAAAUGUCCCUGUGAAGAUGAUGAGUCCGAUCACUGUGAGCACUGCCAAGAAUGCUCAUCCUGCUACAUUUGCCCCAUACUAUGUGACACCAUUUGCACACCAGGUGGCUUUGUUGAUGAGCUAACUGGAACCCUCUUUCAGACAGUUGCCUCUCUACUCUGAAUAACCUGAAGACUGGGCUCUUUAAUGCCACCCUGUAGGCUGCACAAGGCACAGCGCCCAGGAUUGGAACUGUUUAUACCUCUCUAGCAACAUGUGGACUCCAACAAGAGCUUGUCAGGAAUCUGACAGCUGACAGAAAUUCAAAAACACUUUUAGGUAUUAACUCAUGUUUAGAUAAGGUGUUUCACUUGCCUUGUUACAAGAGCUAAAAAUAAAUUAGUUUGUAGACUAUUUUCUUUACCUUGCUUAAUAUUUUCAAUGAGCAAUAAUGCAUUACCAAGGCUAAUGUAUAAUUUGUUAGGAUUCUUUCUAAACAAAACAGUUUUAGUUGGCAAAAAUGUUAUAAAAUCUAUCUUCAUGGCACAAAUCAAUAACUGCACUACUAUAAAGAUGAAAAUCUACGGCCACUCAGGUAACUUGCAAAUGUAUGUUGAGCCCACCGAUCUUUUUUUUUUUUACAGUAAAGUUUCACACAGAUUGACACAUUAACAGCUUUCCCAUCAGAUAAUAAAUGUCUCAUCUGUAAUAUUUGGUUUAAUGUUACAGAUGUGUACAUCGCAAGUGCAGGUUCUAUCUGUCACAAAUUUGCUUCCAAUUAGCUGUUUUUACUAUGUUCACUUUGUGGUUUUGUUAAUUUCAUAUUGUUUCACUAACUUCAAAGUUAUUUCUAGAUUUUUCUUUUGCAUAUACUUAUGACUGUGGCUCAUUAAAACUGCAGUUGAUGUCAA